AUGUCGACUCAAUUCCCAUCGUUCAGACGCGCCCAGACGGAUAUUCCCGCGCAGCCAGCAGGCUCACUGCGACACACGGGUUCAACUGCGUCCACCAACUCGUCUGCCUACUCUGUUGCGUCAAGCUCCUUCGCGCCGAGCCGGACAAGCACAGUCUCCUCGAAUGCAUCGAUACCGGGGAGCCUAGGUCAUCAUCGAGGCAAGAGUGAAGCUGGGCCCGCUACAAUGGAUUCGGAAGCUUCUCAAAUGCUGGGUCCACAUAUGAAAACAUUCGCCGGUCUCUGCGGCCCCUUCAGCAGGCGCCUCAAACCUCCCCCCUCCACGAAUAAGCCCAUUGCAUAUCGACAUUCCCGCAGCAAUACUCUCGAUGAGCCUCAGUUCUUGAAGGAUCAUCGACCAAGCACACCAGAAUCCCAUAAUUUGAAUUUCAAGGAAAAUGAAUCGCCUCGCUACAGAGCAGCAGCAUUUGAACCCCAAACACCCCCGCCCAGACCUUCAUCACGCCAUUGGUCGCCCACUCCAACACCGGGUUCACCUCGACCUUCAUCACCUCAAAAGACCUUGUCAAAUAGUCCUCAUCCACCUCCGCUGACUACCGCAUUAUCAACACCCGAUCUCGAAACAUUCCAGAAGUCUUCUACCCGCCAUCUCAGAACUCUCUCCAAGUUCGCGCAAUCCGGUGAAAGCGAUGAUUUCCAGUUCAACUCCGGAACAGCUUCUGUCGUGGGACUAUCAGGAAGACGAAGAUUGAAACGCGCUGACUCAGUUGCUGGAAGGAGUGGCGCCAUUUCUCCAGAGAAGCCCAAGACUUCUUCAUGGGCAGCAGGGAACUGGAUGGACGCGCAACGUCAAUUUAUACAAGCCUACGAGUAUCUCUGCCACAUCGGUGAAGCUAAGCAGUGGAUCGAAGAUGUUAUCCAAAAGCAAAUUCCGCCAAUCGUUAAUCUAGAGGAAGGAUUGCGUGACGGCGUGACGCUCGCUGAGUUGGUGCAAGCCAUGUAUCCAGACACGACCCUGCGAAUCUUUCGAAACCCGAAGCUGCAAUACCGCCAUUCCGACAACAUCGCCCUAUUCUUUCGCUUCCUGGAUGACAUUGAAUUACCCGAGCUGUUCAGAUUCGAGUUGAUCGAUUUGUACGAGAAGAAGAACAUCCCGAAGGUCAUUCAUUGUAUUCACGCAUUGUCAUGGUUGUUGUUCAAGAAUGGUAUGUUGGACUUCCGCAUGGGCAACUUGGUUGGGCAGCUUGAGUUCGAGCAUCAUGAGCUCGAAAAAACACAGAAGGGUCUUGACAAGGCCGGUGUCAGCAUGCCCAGCUUUGCAGGUAUGGCCGCAAACUUCGGCGCUGAGCCUGAGCCGGAACCGGAACCUGUGGAGUCAGAGGAAGAGCGGAUUGAUCGUGAGCUGCACGAAAGUGAAGGUGCGAUAGUCGAGUUCCAGUCUCAGAUAAGAGGCGCAAUGGUGCGCUUGAAGCUUGGAAAUACGAUGAAUGAUCUUCGGGACUUUGAGCCCCUCUUGAUCGAACUACAGUCCCGCCUGCGUGGAGAUUGGGCGCGGCAAAUUAGUCAAUAUCGACUCGACAUGCGUCGGUUUGCAGUUCAGCUUCAAGCAAUCAGUCGCGGCUUUAUUGUCCGUCACCGCCAGCAAGGGGAGAACCAAUGGCGAAAAGCCCAAGAGCAGCAAGUUCUGCAGCUGCAAAGCCUGAUUCGCGCGUCCAAAGUACGAGCUGAAACCAAUCUGCUUCAGACUCGUAUCCGACGCGAAGAAUCUGGAAUCAAGAAUUUCCAAGCCGCGAUUCGGGCUGCACUACAACGAAAGGCACUGGCCGACCAGUAUGAACAAACUCAUCACGCCGAACAUGAUGUUACGACCCUCCAAGCAGCCAUCCGUGGCGCCAUGCAGCGAAAACGAGCCAAUGCACAGUCUCAAGAAGUCAAGCAGGCUAGUACAGCUAUCAAAUCACUGCAGGCAGUGAUUCGCGGUCAGUUUGCCCGUCAGCACUUGUCACAAGUCAAGUCGUCUCUCCAGCAUGAGACUGCAAAAAUCACAGAGCUUCAAGCUGCUAUAAGAGCCACGAAGACAAGAAAUCACCAGUCACAGCUCCUGCAGAAUCUUUCAAAGACGGCGGGUGGUUGCACAGAACUUCAGGCUCUGAUCCGAGGAGCUGCCACGAGAAGGAGCCACGAAGCCCUUACUACGGAGCUCAUGCAGCAUGCUUCGUCAGCCACCGACUUGCAAGCCCAAAUUAGGGGCAAUGCAUUAAGGCUGUCCUUACAAGACCAGCAAGCCGCUUUAACGAAGGAAGAACCAGUUAUCUUAGAGCUCCAGUCUCGAGCACGAGCGGUGAUUGAGCGUCAGCGCUUGAAGGCUGAACGCGAGGCUCUUCGAAGACAAGAGCCUCUCAUUGUGAACCUCCAAGCACUUGCUCGCGCGGCUAUACUCCGAAUUGAAGUUGGCGAUAUUCUUACGCGACUAGAAGAGCGCGAAGAAGAAAUUGAGCAGCUUCAGGCGCUGGCAAGAGCGAUGGUGGCUCGUGUUCAGGUCGGAAAUAUGCUAGCGGACCUUGAAGAUCAAGAAGAAAUCAUCGUCGAUUUUCAAUCUCGCAUUCGGGGAAUGAUCAUUCGAAAUCGUUUCCAGGAGAGACGACGCCACUACAACGAGAACAUGGAGAAGGUCAUCAAGGCUCAGAGUGUUAUCAGAGGUCGUAUCCAGGGUCAGGCUUACAAGAGCUUGACAAGCGGCAAAAAUCCUCCUGUAGGAACAGUCAAAGGUUUCGUGCAUCUACUCAAUGACAGUGACUUUGACUUUGACGAGGAGAUUGAGUUCGAACGACUGAGAAAGGUGGUGGUCCAACAAGUGCGACAGAAUGAGAUGGCGGAGCAAUAUAUCAGCCAAUUGGAUAUCAAGAUUGCGCUGCUGGUCAAGAAUAAAAUCACGCUUGAUGAAGUCGUGAAGCACCAGAAACAUUUCGGCGGUCACAUCGGAAACCUUCUAUCCAACACCGAAAUUUCCUCAAAAGAUCCUUACGACCUCAAGGCUUUGAACAAGACAUCCAGAAAGAAGUUGGAUCAAUACCAAGUCUUCUUCUUUCUUCUCCAAACACAGCCGCAGUAUCUGGCCCGCCUUUUCCGCCGACUUCGUGAGAUCAAUACUUCGGACAAGGAGUACGAAAGAGUCCGGCACUUGAUGAUGGGCCUCUUUGGCUACUCCCAGAAGCGCCGUGAAGAGUAUUACCUUCUCAAGCUACUCUCUCGAUCCGCCAAGGAAGAUAUUGAAAACUUUGCGGCCCUUCCAGAAUAUAUGCGCUCCACUCCCUUCUGGAAUAAGCUCUUCGGUUCAUACGCAAAAUCACCUCGAGAUCGGAAGUUUAUGCGCGAUGUUCUGGGGCGCGUUGUACGGGAAUCUGUCAUUGAAAACCCAGACCUCGACCUCGAGAGCGACCCAAUCCAGAUCUAUCGCUCAUCAAUCAACAAUGAAGAGCUUCAAACAGGACAGCGUAGCAGAAGAGAACCAAAUCUUCCCCGCGAGGAAGCUAUUCGAGAUCCCGAGACCCGCGAGACCUUCAUUCAACACUUGCAGGAUCUCCGAGACAUCGCCGAUCAAUUCUUCGCUGCAUUCGAAGAUUUUCUAUAUCACAUGCCCUUUGGUGUCAGAUACCUUGCACAGCAAAUGUAUGAAAACCUCCUUGCACGGUUCCCUAAUGAGGAUCCUGGAUUCAUUCUUCAAACCGUUGGGCACUGGGUGUGGAAGAACUAUUUCCAGCCUGCGGUGCUUGAACCUGAGAAGUACAGUGUGGUUGACCGGGGUCUGACCCAAGAGCAAAAGAGGAAUUUGAGUGAGAUAUCCAAGGUGGUCGCCCAGGUCGCUUCGGGAAGGCUCUUUGGAGCCGAGAACGUCUAUCUACAACCACUCAACUCUUAUAUAGGCGAGUCAAUACAGCGACUUGGUCGGAUUUGGGGUCAGAUGAUUUCCGUCCAGGAUGCCGAGUCAUACUUUGACAUCGAUGAGUUCAAUGACCUUUACGCGAAGGCCAAACCCACCCUGUAUAUCAAGAUGUCCGAUAUUUUCUCGAUCCACCAGCUUGUAGCCUCGGAGAUUGACCCCAUCUGCCCACAUCCUGACGACAUCCUCAAACAACUCAUCCGAGACCUCGGCAAUGUUAAGAGCAACGAAAACGAGUUGAUGGGCGUCAGCACCACUGAGAUAAAUCUCACGUUAAACCCUAAACUAGCCCAAGUUGAAGACCCGGAAGCGAAUAUCAAGGCAUUGUUUAUGGAGACGAAACGAUGUAUUUUGUACAUUAUUCGGGUCCAAACUGGCGCCAAUCUGAUGGAUAUCAUGCUCAAACAGCCAAGCCCGGAGGAUGAAGAACGCUGGCACACCCUCGUACGGGACGAAAUAAACACGAAUAGUCCUCGCCGGGGGGCCUAUUCUGAGGCGAGUACAUUGAUCGAUAUCGGAUCGAUGGGCUACUCCGAGCUCAAAGGCACCGCUCUCGAAAACAUUCUUCGCCUCGAGCAGGCUGGCAAGAUCAGUCGGCACAAUCACUACCAAGAUCUUCUCAACGCCAUCGCAAUCGACAUUCGCACAAAACACCGCCGGCGAGUGCAACGAGAGCGUGAGCUGGAAGGGGCGCGCCUGACCUCCACGCGUCUUAGCGAUCAGGCAGUCUACCUUGAUCAGCAGCUCAAAACCUACAACGACUACAUUGAACAAGCGAUGAUCACAUUGCAAAACAAAAAAGGAAAGAAGCGAUUCUUAAUGCCGUUCACCAAGCAAUGGGAUCAUCAGCGAGAGUUGCAGAAAUCUGGCAAGGUGUUCAAGUUUGGAUCAUACAAGUAUUCAGCUCGCACCCUGGCGGAUCGAGGUGUUCUUGUUUCAUGGAAGGGCUACAACGAACGUCAAUACGAUCGAGUGGACUUGACGAUCUCCAGUAACGAAGUUGGUGUGUUCACUAUUGAUGGAAGUAGUGGAAACAUGAUGGUACCGGGUGCCAAUGCUCAAGUUCCACUGGAUGACCUGCUGCAGGCACAGUUCAAUAACACCCAGUUCAUGGACUUCUUCGACGGACAGAUGCGGGUCAAUGUCAACCUCUUCUUGCACUUGAUCAUGAAGAAAUUCUAUAAUGAAUAG